AUGGCGGACCAGAGAGGAGACGACGACCUUACUCAAUCUACUGACUCUUCGAGACGCAUAUUAGCUGUCGUGACUACUGGCGGCUUCACCCACGCGGGUGAGUAUUGCGCAGCAGUCUUGGCUGAGCGAGGACAUGUUGUAGAAUUUGCUACGAACGCUGGCCAAGAGGAUUGGGCCAAGUAUUGUCCCACCAUCCAGACCGUGCACUCUUUUGGUUCAGGACCGUCAGACGAGGAGAUGGAAGCACACUACCGUCGUAUGAUCUUGUGGAAUCCAGCGAGCGGUCUGAGCGCCAUCAUGGAAUCGAAAUAUCUGUUUGAUUCAUAUUGGACGGACACUUACCUCCAUCUCAAAGACAUCGUGUCGGAUACCAAUACCCGCCCUGACUUUAUCAUCGCCGAUUUCUUUGCUGACGCGGCUGUUAAGGACAUGAUGGUCGAAUUCGGCGUUCCUAUUGCCAUAAUGUACCCGCAGAUGCCGUCUCUUAUGGCUCCUGUGUCGUAUGUCCCUGGCCAACCGGGAUUCCAGAUCGACUCAAAUCUCACUUCUGAGCAUGCAUCAAUCCUAUCGCGCAUCAAAAAUGAGAUGGUCGUGUUUUGGGCACUGCCUUCAAUCCUCAAGUGGCUGCAAUGGACGAAAGCGAUGCGCAUGAAAGUCGACGUGAUGCACAAAAGUCCCUCUGAUCCCAAACCUGACUAUCUUGUUCUUGUUAAUUCCUUCUUCGGCUUGGAGGUACCUAAGGAUCUUCCUCCUUCAAUUGUGCCAUGCGGACCCAUUUUGGCCGACAGCUACAUGGAACUUGACGAGAAACAUGCAGAAUUCUUAAGUCGGCACAAGCGGGUACUCUAUGUUGCUCUUGGUACACAUAUCAUUUUGCAAGGCACUGAUGUCACCAAAAUUCUUGAUGGCCUCAUACGAGCGCUCGACGAACAACAUAUAGAUGGCGUCAUCUGGGCUGUCGGAUCUUCUCCUCGCAAAGAUUUCCCACAUGCUCAGAGCUUCACUCGUGCAGGGCAGUGUCCACGCACUCUUGGUGGAAUGCUUGAUCAAGCAGAUCCGGAUUUCAUGUUUCCCUUGUUUGCUCCCCAGCGCGCAAUCUUGGAGCACAAAAGCACUGUGUUGUUUUUGACUCAUGGAGGCGGUUCCUCUGCUAACGAAGCCCUUUACCACGGUGUCCCAGUUUUGACUCUCGGCUUCUUCUUUGAUCAACUGAGCAAUAGUGCUCGUUUGCGUAAUGCGGGCGUCGGUCUGUCUCUGGACAAACUAAAUUACACUUCUUCUGAGAUAUGCGUUAGCAUUGCAAUCAUUGUCGGCGAUCUAGAUAGCCGAUUUGCACAGGACGUCAAACGCAUGAAGGGCAUUGCAAGGAUUGCAUCGAAACGCAAGUAUUUGGCUGCGGAUAUGAUUGAGCAAUCCGUAAUCGAUGAAGAAUAUCGUGUGCUCAAUAAUAAGGAGAUGCAUCCCAGAUAUCUGCAAACAGCUGAUAUGCGCAUGUCAACAUGGAGAGCGAGGAAUUGGGAUUUGUGGCUGUUGACAUUCGGCACUGGCCUGGUCGUUGCUGCAAGUACAAGCUACAUAGGUCGGAUGAUUUACGCUACACUUCGGGCUCGGAUAGCACUGUUCAAGCAUUGA